AUGAAAUCGGCGACGACGCAAACUGACAACGCCGGUGGUCACGACGACGGUGGAUGGCAAACGAACGAAUGGACGAACCAAUUAACUAACGGACACACACGAUUGCGGGCGCUGCUCUUACUAAAGGGAGUCUGCAGGCUGUGCAAGGGCUCGAGCUGCGGCUGCGAGGUUUGCGACGCCGCCGUCUGCGGCUCGUGUAGAGAGGUCUGCGGCCGUUGCGGUACGGUGUCGUGCCCCAGGUGCCUCGACAUGACUGUAGUGCGAAAUUUCUGCGAGGGGUGCGAUGCCGACAGGUGCCUGGUGUGCCUGAUGCGGAUGAGGCCAUGCGACACGUGCGGCCAGACGGUCAGCAUUGGGCGGGUCCGUGAGGCCAUGGAUUCGGUAUCGGGUCGCGUAAGCCGAUGGAUGUUGGCCUCAUCUGAGCUCCCGGAAUACCGGUGUCCGGUGCGUGUGGAGGUUUACCAGCGGUGGGUCGCCUUCCUCAACUCGCCUGUCGCUAGUCCUGCUGCCUCUGCUACUGCUGCUACCUCUACCGAUGCUGCCGGAAACAUGGCAACAGCGGCGGCGGGGGUGCCACGGACAAAAUCGGCGGGGGUGGGAGCAGAAGCGGCGGCGGGCUCGGUGCCGCCUGCGGCACAACAACGGCGACAGCCGGAGAAGAUACCCCCCACCAUGCCCCUCGGGGAGGGAAUCGGCUCCGAGAGCACGGAUGGAGCGGCAGCAGCAGCGGCAGGAAGAGGACGUGGCGAGGGAGGGGAAGGGAGAGAGUCGAGCGCGGCCCGGCUAGCGGUAGGGGUGGAGGCAGAGGCGGCACAGCUCAGCCCAGCGGAUAAGUUUGGAGGCGGGGAGGCGGCGGACGCAUCUGUUGAUCGUGAUGGGAGCGAAGAGAGUAAGGGAGGAGAAAGAGGCGCGGGUAGCGGGGGAGCGGCAGGCGCGUCGGGGGAUGCUCCCGUCGACAGGGCUCCCGUCGGAGACGUGCAAUACAUGAAGUCCUUGAAGACGGCGAAUCUAGCAUCGGUGGAGGGCGUGAAGAAAUUCUUUGCCGGCUGGGUCGAGCCCGACGUUGUGGAUUUGUACCACGAGUCCACGGGAGACAUCAACACCACCAUCGCCCAGUGCCACGAGACCGUGCUGCAGGUGCUGGCGCAAGAAAACAAGUCCAAGGCCGCGGCGCCGGCGGCCGCAGAGCCACCACCUUCGUCUCCCGCACCCGCUCCCAAGCCCGUGCCCCCCCCGGCCAAGGUCGCCACCGGGCUUGGCGCUGGCGGCGCGAGAGCAGGCAAAGAGGAGAAGCAGGCUGGUGUUGUGGCCGGUGCUGCCGCGGUCGUACCCACCGCCAGCCGCCUGGAGGAGCAAAUGGCCGAGCUUCAGGAGGCCGAGAAGCGGAAGCAGGCAGCCAAGACUGGACGGGCCUCAAGGCGGGCAGAGGAGGCAGCGGCGGAGCGGGAGGACAGGGAGAUGCAGGAGGCCGUCGCCAGGGAGGAGGCCGCCGCACGCAGGAAGGAGGCCGCUGCCGCCGCCGCUCGGAGCAAGGCAGAGGCCGCCGCCGGAGAGGCCGCUCGGAUCGCCGAGGCUAAGGCCGCCACAGAAGCCAGGUGUGGUGCGGGCGUUGGAGCGAUGGCUGCGGCCGCCGAGCUCGAAGCAAGCGAGGCUGCGAAGAGGAAAGCCAAGGAGGAGGAGGAGGAGGAGAAGGAGGAGGAGAGAAAGGCCAAGAAAGACGCGGCAGCGACAGCGGCGCCCCCCGGCUCGAAGAGACAGGAGCACAUCGUUGCCCCCGUGCCGGAGAGAGGGAUGUCGGGAGAACGAGUUGCGUCAGGGUUGUCGGAGGCAACGGCAGGCCCGCCGGCCAUGACGGGUGGCGGCACGGGAGGAGGCGGCGGGGGGGCAUCGCUCGUGGUGGACAUGUCGCUGGAGGUCCGGCUCAGGAAGGCCAUCGAACGCGGAAACGCGCUAGCGGUCCAGGCAAUCCACGACGAGGCAGACCAGACGCCCGGGGCCGACAUGAAGAAGAUGAAGAAGAAGUGCAAGAAGUGGCUCAACAAGAAGGAGGGGGAGAUGAGGGAGGAACAGCAGCGACUGCUCCAGGCCAACCAGCCCCCCCCUAACCCCGCACUGGGACUUCGGCAAGCCGGACCCGGGUUCGGUGUUCCUACGCCGCCGGUGGCGGCAGCCGCGGCGGCGCAGAGGCCUACUCAGUACGAGAUGUUCUGUCCGAACGUCAUCGCGGGGCAAGUAAUCGGAAGGGGGGGCCAGACGGUGAACAGGCUGAUGAAGGAGAGCAGGGCCAGGAUAGUUCUCAAGCCUUACGCCGACAAGACCGGACACGACGUCGUCAUCACGGGCUCGCCCCAGGCCACCGCCAGGCGGCUGGUGGAGGAUUUCUACCGCUCCAAGGGCAUCGAGCCCACCCAUCUUCCGCCCCCUUCCUCUGCCAUCGCCGCCGCCGCCGCCGCUGCCGCAGGCAGGCCCGGAGGCGUUGCCCCCCGCGCCCGCCUCCCGGACCCCAUGAUGCCCACCGAAGCCAUGAUCGGACACCUGGGGCGGGGGAGAACAAUGGCGGUAGCCGGACCGGCGGCGGCGGCGGCGGCAGGGAUGCGGGCGCCGAGCGGGGCGAUCCCGCAAGGCGCACGGCCGGUGGCACAGCCGGUGGUGUACGGGGGGGGUCACGGCGGCGGCGGUGGUGGUGGCGUCGACGUGAGCGGCGGCGAGCUCCCGCAGCUGCUGAGGGCGGCGCGGUGCGAGCACCACCUGGAGAGGUUCCUGCGAGACCAGCUGGACGGGGAGGUGCUGCUGGAGAUGGAGAGGCGGGACUUCGACAGGAUGGGGGUCACCGAGGCGGAGCAGAGUCGCAUCCUGAGCGCGUUGAAGCAUGCCGGGGAGGGCGGCGGCGGCGGCGGUGGCGGCGGUGGUUCGGGCGCGGGAGGCAGACGCGAGAACUUGGCACAGAGGGUUGUGACGGUCGUCAGGGGUACUAGCGGCGGCGUGGCGACGCCGUUCGAGGUGGAGGAUGACGAUGUUGAUGAGGAUGAUGACUCGGACGGAUUGGACCCGGAUCACCCGGACACGUGCAAGAUCUGCAUGGACGCCCUCGUGGGGAUCCUGUUCCUGCCUUGCGCCCACCAGUGCACGUGCGUGCGGUGCGGCUCGGGCUUCGUGGGGAAGCCCUGCAUCAUUUGCCGGCAGAAGGUCACGCGCGCGCAGCCGGUCAUAAGGCUUCGAAGAUGACCGUUCCCACCGCUGUGCUCGAGGACGCGUGGUCCAUGGUCUAACCGCUAAGGCAUGCAAAACAUAAGAGUACGCCCCCGGUGUGCUCGGGCUUGGAGACAAGACUGGAACGGUUAGCUCCGCCACCAAUCAGGUGCAAAUGCGAGCACGAUUGACUACUCUGUCAUCGUUUUUUGCUACUGUUGGCCAAUCGUUUCCUUGGCCUUUUUUUUUUGCGUUCGCCUGUUUGUGUUGCUCGACGCUGUUGCUGGUGAGAGCUUCGGCUCGGAAUGUCCCGCGUCCUCGCUGCACCGGCGGGGCGUGAAGCGUACGUAAGCCGGUAGGCAGACAUUCAGAUGCGCUCGCCGUCAUCAGUGACGGAGAGCGCCGGCUAGGCAGGCUUACGAAACGAGAGAAGUGAGCGAGCGAGCGAGCGAGAGAGAGAGGGAGAGAGAGAGAGUGUUGUUCCCUCUGAGGCACAUCUGUGCGCUAGACUUAAGCCGCCUGCCGUAGCCUCGUGGGUCGGGUAUCCGAGUCCUUCUGGGGAAUGAUUUUCUGGCAUGCCAUAAAUUACCUACGGAGUCCAUGGCUUGGAGCGGUUGCUCGUGAGUACACUCGAGGGAAGGGCAACUAGGCAUUCAGCACCUCUCGCGUACACAAAGUAAAGGUUGCGCAGAAGAAAUUAUUUGCGUUAGUCCCGGGUCGGAUAUCCCCAGCGCAGAACGUGCCGCCUAUGAAGAAGCUCCUAUUUUCCCCGGUGCUCGUUUCUUAGUCUGUGAGCGACCAACGGCGACUAUCCACGUUUUCUUUUGUUGAAAUGUAAGGCUGUUUUUGGUUGAGCAUGUGUUCUUAUGGCCAAAGUUGUUAAAUUCUCGUUGUGUGAGAGUGAAGUUGUUGACUCACUCCUCAGGUUCGUAAGUGACUGUUUAUGGCAUGCAAGGCAGCUGGGUUGGAGACUGCAAGAAGUGGGUGACGUAGAGAACGUCGCCAAAACAAUCACACAGUGAGUGGUGAGUGGCCGUUGUUGAAACCGUGGGUCUGUCGGUCGGGACUGACUUACGCCGGAUCAACGCCUCUAGGCGGGAGGUGUAGCAAUCCAUCGUUCCGUGUCUGCCGUCCUGCAAGGCGUUAGCAAAGGUAUCUUCGUUGUGAUGUUCAUUCAGUACAUGCCUCGGGACGUAACCUGCCCUAUUUUGUUUUAACGUCGUGUAUUAGCUGGCGGUGUGGUGUUCCGACAAGUUGACAUCGAAAAAACGACGAAUCGAGGAUACAAAGUCGACGCUUCAGUCAGCCCAGCGGCAAAAAAACGAAUCAAUUCGGGUUUUGAUUGCCUGACGGUGAAAACCAAACCCCAGCUC